CAAUAAAAGAAGAAGGGUUUUCACAGCGCUUACUGAAUGCAGCAUGAGUUAUUGCAGACUUGGAUGCGCGAAAACAAUAUUUAUCAUCUAAUGCAAUACCGACAUACGUACGGAACACGACUUACAUAUAUUAUAAUAGUUCUUUCAAACCUGUCAUAGCUGUGGUCUUAUUAGCCUUUUUUUUAUUUUGGACAGCUGCAGACAGCAAACUUUCACGCUUAAUCUGGAGAAUAUAUGUUGUUUUAAUUCAUUAUUCCCAACUACUAACGCUUUAACCCUUUUGGAAAAUGUUCCUUCACUACAUCAGAAGGCGUCUGCAGUUUUUAAAAGAAAAGUUUCCUUUGUAUCAUCGGAAUAUAUCGAAGUGCAUUACUCGUGAUGACAGUUCUGUUGAAACCAGCCUCUUGAUGAAACUUUGCGCUGAGCGUUAUUACAUUUCUUCUGAAGCUUUUCACAGCAGAUCAUGUACAUAUGGUCCCUUAGGAACAGAACUGAAGAAAAACAUUAUUGAGCAGUGGACUUCAGCAAUACGUUCAAGAGCAUAUGUGUUUGGGAUAAAUACUUCAGUGCUAAGUAGAACAUGUAAGGAACCUGUCAGGAUUGUUGACUUAAGGGCUCUUAAAGAAGUCCUUAACCAAGACAGUUCAACUAAAGAAGAAGCAUCUCAAAAGAUUCAUAAACUUUUGAAAGACACUGCGUCUUUUCGGACGAGUCUAUUUCAGGGUGCUUUGCAGCAGUAUAUUCAGGCUUUGCAGCUUGUGAAUAGGACAUUGCCCUUUGGACUGGCAGAGACAGGUCUGUGUCAUCAUUUCGAUAAUCAGCUCAGACAUUCAUCCGGUUGUUCAUUUGAGGUAACGGAAUCAUCUUUAGUCUGGUUCUGUUCUCCUCGGACUUCUUCACAGUGGAUGGACUAUUGGGCGCAUCAAAGACUGCAGUGGUGGAGGAAGUUUGCUUUAGGCCCGUCUGACUUCAGCAUGUGCAAUGUGGUGGAUGAGGAACUGAAAGAGGGGACAUCUCAUGGUGUUAAAGUCCUUUAUAAGUUCCCCUGGGGCUCAGAGACCCUGGAGACACUGUGGAGCCUGGGGGAUACACAACUGCUAAAGUCUCACCAAGGAACUUGCACCAAACUACAGUGCAGAGAUGGAAGAAAGUCUGUAGUUCCUCAUGUCAUCUCUGUCAGUGCAAAUAUGGAUCUUGGAAUGCUGGCUUAUCUAUUUAACUCAUUUCAACUUCUGAAAAAAAACGACAGCAAACAGAAGCUUCAUCAGAGGACGGUUUUAAAGCUUCAUCCCAGUUUAACUCCAGUGAAAGUGGCUUUGGAUAUGGGACGAGGCUCUAAUACAGAGCUUAGACAGGUUUGUGAGGGUUUGCUCCAAGAGUUUCUUGAAGUUGGAAUUUCCACAUGGCCUGGAUACUUGGACACAAUGUCAUUAUCUCUGGAGAAUUUACACACAAAGUAUGAUGAAAUGGGUGUCCUCUUCACAGUGAUGGUCAGUGAGAGUACUCUAAAAAGUGGCCUUCUGCUGGUCCGUAACAGAGAUACCACCAUCAGAGAGACCAUGCACAUCUCAGAAAUCAAAUGCUUCCUGCUCAAAUACAUAUCUGCCUCAGAAAAUAUCUGACUUUUAUCACCUGUGUCUCAAUGGAGUACAUCUUGUAAAGUACUGUAAUGUGGUGAUAUAACUGUUGGGAGUAUUGUGACUGUUACAAAAUGGUUACUCUGCUUAUGUAAAAUGAUGGUAUUAGUGUAUGCCAUUUGAAAAAAAAAAAAAAAAAUUCAUAUGAAACUAUCAAAAGUUCCAUCCUGAAAUGUUUGACCAUGUUAACUAAUAUAUACUCUAUAUCUGCCACUUUGACUUUGCUCCAGAGUUUAUGUUAAUGUUAUGUGGUAGGAGUUUAGUGGUUAAAAAUCUGGCCCAGAUAAUCAAAGAUUUAGGUUUCUUACACAUUUUGCAAAGUUUGGAAAAUGCAAUGUCACCUAUAUUUUAAAGGUGUGAAAUAUGCUUGAAUUUUGAAUGACGUCCUUGAAAGUGUUUGAUAUAUGUUCUUAGAAUGUUCAGUGUGAGUAAAAAAAGAAAAAAUAAAUUUUAUGUUAUGGAUCCCA